UAUACUACCUACAUCCGCUCCUCUGCAACUACACCACGGGCCAGCGGUCUCUGUCAGCCCUCCAAUCUGUCUCCAGUUCUUUCUAAACGCAGGCUCCCGGAGGAGGAGGCGGAAGAAAGAAGGCCGCCUCCUUCUCUUCCCCUCCACCCCCACCUCCCACCUCCCACCCACAGCCUCCGCGGCUGCGCAGCCGCUGUCCUUGCAGCUCCAGAGCUCCGCAGUGCCUGGCAGGGUCCGGUAGGGGAGGGUUUUGAAUCCUGUGCCUGAGGAACACCCCAGGACGCUGACACGGAGAAGUCAAAGGCUGCCUUGGAAGGCCCGCCUCCUCCCGAGGAGAUGCAGGGCCUCGGGCCUGAGCAGGUACAGGGACUGCUACCUCCGGACGGCAGGGCCUGGGAGACGCCAUGCCCACCCACCUUCCCCAAGGACUGGGAGGCUGUGGAUGUCGGGGCCUUGAGCUGCGACAGCGAUGAGAAAGAUGUGUCUUCUCAAGACACUGGGCUGUCUCUGGACUGGAGUUCGUUGGAUGAAGACGAUGAGUCAGAGGACUCCCAGGGCUUUAUGGAGUGGUCCAGAGCUCCACAGCAAACAACCAUUGUGUUGGUAGUAUGUGUGCUGUUCUUAUUCUUGGUUUUAACUGGGAUGCCCAUGAUGCUCCACAUUUAACUAUCACAGUAGCUGCUGUAUGGAAAUGUAAGCCCGGUGUCACUUAAGGAACUGUCCUAGCUGGAAACCAGGAAUGGGUAUGGAACAUUAUGAAGUAUCUUUCAAACAUCCGUUGAGAUGAGUUUAGUAUGAUCUUUAAUUUAUUUUACAGAUUUAUUUUUAAUUAUGUUUGUCUCUGUGUGUAUGUGCUUUGUGAGUGCAGUUC